CAGUAAUUUCGUCCUUGGCAAUGCACAAGUCUCCAACACCUACCCGAUCGUGUAUUGCUCGGAUGGGUUCUGUGAACUCACUGGGUUCGCGCGAGCUGAAGUCAUGCAGAAGAGCUGUGCCUGCAAGUUCCUGUUCGGGAAGGACACACCGCCGGAGAAGAUCGAAGAGAUUCAGGCAGUGCUUGACAGCAAAGAAGAGUACAAGACGGAAGUCAUCUUCCAGAAAAAAGACUCGUCGCCAUUUUGGUGCCUUUUGGAUAUUGUUCCCAUCAAGAAUGAGAAGGCGGAAGUUGUUCUAUUUUUAGCAUCGCACAAAGACAUCACGAAGUCCAAGACAAUGAACUCCGUCAACGGCCAUACGGGGGAUGGAGAGGAUGACGAAGACGACAACGAAGAUGAAGACGACACGAACAACUACCUCAGUGACGGUGACGAUCUCCCAACUAAUUACAACUAUGCCAGAAGACGAAGCCGAGCUGUCUUAUACCACCUCUCUGGACACCUCAAGGAGCCAGAGAAAAGGAGGAGAAGAAAACUGAAACUCAACAGUCAGAGCCUGCUAGCCCCCAAAAGGACAGUCCUUCCCGAGUACAAAGUAGCAGCCAUGACGAAAUCCAGGUUUAUAAUACUCCACUACAGCACCUUCAAGUCGAUAUGGGACUGGCUCGUACUGAUAGCAACCCUUUAUAUAGCUAUCGUGGUGCCGUACAACGUAGCUGUAAAACCUCAGAAGCACGUGGUCACCACGAUCUUAGACAUUAUGGUGGAAAUUCUCUUUCUUACUGAUAUAGUUAUUAAUUUUACGACGUCAUUUGUCAGCAAGACGGGUGUUGUGAUGUAUGAGCGGAAGGAAAUUGCUCUGCACUAUGCAAAAACGUGGUUCUUCAUUGAUAUCCUCGCAGCCGUUCCCUUCGACUUCAUUGUUCUAGUGUCCAAUGUCGAUACGGUUGCCACCAUUCAGCUGCUGAAGCUGGCCAGGUUAUUACGACUUCUCCGCCUCCUACAGAAGAUCGAGCGUUACUCACAGUACAGUGCCAUUACUCUAACAUUCCUGAUGCUUGCCUUCGCUUUACUGGCUCACUGGCUGGGAUGUGUGUGGUAUGGGAUCGGAACCAUGGAGAUUGACUCGCACCAAAACUGGAACCUUGGCUGGAUUAACACCCUGGGAGAGGAUCUGCACACACCCAUCACAAACAACGGGUCAGAGGGUGGCCCAAGGAAUGAGAGUAAAUACAUUACGUCGUUGUACUUCACACUAAGUAGCCUUACAAGUGUCGGCUUUGGAAAUGUCUCUGCGAACACAGACAUCGAGAAAAUCUUCACAAUUAUUGUCAUGCUCAUAGGAGCUCUGUGCCACGCGGCAGUAUUUGGUAACGUGACAGCGAUUGUGCAGAGAAUGUACUCGAAGCGGGCACUCUACCAUCUCAAGUUGAGAGAUCUUAAAGACUUUGUACGUUCACAUCACAUUCCGGCAGAUCUCAAGACGAGGAUGAAUGAGUACUUUAACACGUCGUGGUCGAACAACAUGGGUAUCGAUACCAUGGAGAUGUUACUUCGGUUUCCCGAGGAGUUGAGAGCCGAUGUCACAAUGCACCUUCACAAAGAGUUCUUACAAUUACCAAUAUUUGGUGAGGCUAGCCAAGGAUGCCUUAGGUCGCUGUCUCUUAGGGUCAAGACAGGUUUCUGUGCGCCUGGCGAGUACAUCUUACAUCAGGGAGACUCCUUAAAUUCUUUAUAUUUCCUUCUCAACGGUUCAAUGGAAAUCUUAAGACAGGGAAUGGUGGUUGCAAUCAUAGGGAAGGGUGAUUUGUUUGGAUGUGAUCUUUAUGACACGGAAACAUUAAUUCAGAGUAGUGGAGACGUCCAUGCACUAACCUACUGUGAUUUGAUGCUGGUAUCAAGACAUGAACUACAAGAAGUACUGAACAACUAUCCAGAGUACAUGUCCAAGUUCAAGGACGAGAUUUCCAGAGACCUCACAUUUAAUUUGAGGGAAGGCUCCGAUCAAGAUCAGCCGGAUCCUUUUCAAGCUGAGUACGACGACAGUCGCCCAUCCCGCUUGACUUCCAUCUCUGAGCUGAACGACGAAGAAGACGAGGAGGCUGCGCUGGCAGAGAAAGCCAAAGACGUGGAGAACCGAAGCGUUGGCACGGAAACCAUCGAGAUGAUGCCUCUAGACAGGAGCAAACACAUGUUGCUAGAUGUCAGUAACUCGGUGAACAGUGGGGUGCCACCGGAUUUAAGCCCCAGGGUUGUAGAUGGAGUCGAGGAUAACGCCAACCAGUACAAGCGAGAGCAUCGGUUUGAUUUCCCCAUAAACGCCCACCAACAAGCUUCCAGACAUCAUAGCCUCACCAUGGCACCUAAACAAAGACUUUCCAAUCAUUAUAACUUGGGCAUGAGACAGAGUUUCACAUCGCCCCAGUUAGCGCAUGUUUCUCGUUCCAGAUCAGUGUCUUCGGAGUCCAUUUGUACGGAGGACCUCAAACACGAGAUUGAAUACACGAGAAACAGUGUAGAGAGACUCGAUCGACAGGUAUCCAAUCUUAGCAAAGAUGUAUCCAACCUCAGCCAAGACCUGAAGGCAGUUGUGCGACUCCUUCAGGUCAUCUCUCCGGGCAACACGUCGACUUGCAACCCCAGCGGAGUCAACAACGGGCCCCACUCCAGUCCUGUGCGCAGUCCCAACAGCUUCGGCCCCAAGUUGAAACCGGCUGCCAAGGAGACCCGCUUCGAAGACAUCGUCCACGUGCAGAGAAGAGACGGUGUCCUGGAGACGAGUCUAGGCAGCGGGAUUCUUGAGACAAACUUGAGCAGUGGCCUUACAGGUAGCACAAGCAGUAUUCCAAAAUUCCCAUCGUCGACGUCUCUACAGUCGCUAACGGGAGCAACAGCCAAGCCAGAAGGACCUAUGAGGGAGACAAACAUUAUCCUGUUCCAGGACCCCGAGCCGUCAGAGCAAGCCAAAGACGGCAAAAAGGACCUCUUUGACUUUGACUCUGAGAACGGUACUGAUUUGUGACAGUGAAACUCCUAUGGAUACUUCCAAAGUGUUACCUUCAUUUUCGAGUUCCAAACUCUGUAAGGCAUUUCCUACACGAUUUCGAAAUCUUUUUAAUUGUGCUGUUGUGCCGUUUGUCGGUCUGUAUAUCAAUGAUUGAGGUUGGGAAAGGAUGUCUUAGGAUAAGCCCAAAUUCAGUCCAACCAAAACGUAUUCAACGAUUUCAAGACCUAAAUAUCUUUAAUUGCCGAGUCACAAGUCGCUGGAGCUUCUGUGGAGUAACUGACCUUUUAACAAAUCUUACACAAAUGAAAUCAAAAGGACCAGUUAACUCUCUCAACCACAUGUCUGUAUAAGAUGUCAAACUGGAUACAUCAAAAUGAAAAGAAACAUUAAUGUGCUUCCCACAGCAUGUGAACAACUAAUUAUCCCUAGGGCUCAUUUCGUGUGAUGUGUUCACACCCUCCACAAAAUCUUUAAAAAAAUACUAUUUACCUUUAUGAUAUAAAAUAAAUAUGAUUUUAACCAUAAUUAGCUAACUUGCACGAUCCACUCCACUGAAAUAUAACAAAAGCAGGUAAACAGUUGACUUUCUAGAGUGAGUGAAACUAGAUCAAAUUUGGAAAGAAAAAAAUAAAAACAUUCCAGUUAUUGUGUGUGCAGCAUUUUUAUCUUUAUGUAUACCUCAUUUAAGAAGGGGCUGUUGGUGCAAACAUGUACACAAUUUAGAGCUUGUUGUCAUUCAUUACUUAGCAGUAGUCACAAGCUUCAAACUCGUUAACUCUAUCUCACUUGUCUAUUAGUAUUAUGAAUGUUUAUGAGUGCAAUGGUAAGAAUAAUUUCAUGAAUGUUUCAUUCUCCGAGGCGAAGCCGAGU